AUGAAUAUCUCAUACUCUUUUCUCUCUGCUACAAAUAUGGUGUCGUGUUGUGAUAUCGAAAUCGUACUUGAUAAGCUAGGCACAAGUGGAGUAUAUUCGAACUAUGAUACCAUUCAGGGCGAAGUAAUAUUAAAGGUACACACAUCUACUAGGUUCAAUGCUGUUCAAGUAAAGAUGGAAGGAAUAAGUCGAACAAUAUUAGAGGUGAUGGAUCCUGUUGCACUGAUGACUUCGACCGGCACUGGAGUAGGUCAGUACUCCCAACCACGUCCGCAACCCAUCGGACAUAAGCGUUCGGUUUUGGAAACUCAUAAACUACUUCAGGAUACGGUCACUGUACUACCUUCACCUUCGAGGAAGAAUCGAUUAUAUUCCAGAUCGAUUCUGCUUGAUCCUGGUAAGUACAACUUCUCUUUUCAGUUUCGGAUCCCGCUCAAGAAUAAAUGCACCGGAUCAGUAAGUUUGUCAGAUGAGCCAAAGACUACCGAAGGUCCCAGAAAUAAUAGAUUACUGAACGACUAUCAAGUGCACGUGGAAAGGAAACUCCCCCCUUCGUUCAGCCAAUUGGGACAUAUGGCUCUGAUUCGAUAUUUUGUAAAGGCCACUGCUGUCGUUAGAACAAGUCAACGGAGAACUCUUGAAGCCACAGCGUACGAACCGUUUAUUUUUCUUCCUUUGGACGACUGCAAUAUCUUAAUGUCUAAUGAUAUGCAGGCAUACACUAGGCGUGGAUUUGUCCUCAAGAACAAGUACCCGGAGAUAGUGGCCGCAUCCAAUCCGGCAAGAGUACCGAUACCACAAGAAAGAAAGGCGUCUGCACCCCAGUUAAUAACUUCCACCUCCUCUUCUGGAUUUCUUAAAGCCUUCUUUUCUACUCCAGGCAGACCCGUAAUGACUAAAGCCAAAUCUUAUAAUGGGGUUCGAAGAAAGCCGCUAGGUGCUGGCACCAAUCCGCACUCCUUUAGUUUUCAUGUGAAACCUAUCAACGUGAGGGUGGUGUUUGAAAUGAGAAUGAGGCAUCCUGCUUUUUUGAUACCGUCAAGAUCACCCACAUAUCAGCUUUACUUGCUCACCAAGUCACCUCCUGAAAAGUUUCAGCUUUUCAACGGUAUGAGCUCGGGCCUUGGAUCUGUUUACUUGAGAUAUUUGAAACUGGAUCUUGUUUCAAUCACAGACUGCUUUGUCUCUUCAUAUAAGAAAAAAGUGACUAAAACCAAAACCAUUUACGAGAACCAGUCAUUUCACUUUCUUUUAGAUCUGGCAUGUACUCAGCAAUCCAAGCCAUACCAGGCCAUAGGUAAGAAACUUUAUGAGAUUGCAAUUCCAAAGAAGCUAUAUGAGGAUGCAAUCGUUCCUGAUAAUGUUCCACCCAGCUUUAGAACGUGUAAUAUGGAGAGAAAGUAUAAAUUGCUAGUGAGUGCGGGCUUUGCGGACCAUGAAUACGCCACUGCUGGGACUGUGGUUACUUUAGAGACUGCCGUAGAGGUUAUGAGUGGUAUGGAACCGGUUAUGGAGGAUCCGGAUGUAGGUGUAUAUGCAUCAAGGACUGAACUUUACCGUGCUAUGAGAGAGGCACACUCUACUAGUCCCGACAAUGUUUCCAAUGGCACUGUUCCGAUGACAUCAUCUGAUGGGCUACCGACUUAUGAUGAAGUUGUCAAAGAGACAAACCAUCGUCGAACCUUUACACAGAACGAUUCUUACUACGUAGACAUCAACGACUAA